GGCAGUGUGAACACGGCGCUUUUACAGAUAGACCAGCGGAUUCAUCCUCAGUGAACAGCCCGGCUCUUCGUAGUCAGAUGGCUCCUCUGAUGGCACUUCCACACAUUAUUGCUUUAUUAUGGAUAAUACCACCUAUCUGUGCGAUAGAAGAUGUGCUAAUGGACUCGACAGCAACUGCAGAACUGGGCUGGACGAUAUACCCAUCAGAAGGGUGGGAGGAGGUGAGUGGCUAUGAUGAGCACAUGAACACCAUCCGCACCUACCAGGUCUGCAACGUCUUUAGGACCAAUCAAGACAACUGGGUGCGCACCAAAUACAUCCAACGGCGAGGGGCCCAGCACAUCUAUGUCGAGAUCAAGUUCUCAGUGCGAGACUGUGGCAGCAUCCCUGAUAUCCCAAGUACACCAUGCAAGGAGACCUUCAAGCUCUACUACUUCGAGUCUGACUCAGAUACGGCCAGUAAAGUUUACCCCCAGUGGACGGAGAACCCCUGGAUCAUUUUGGACACCAUCGCAGCCGACGAGACCACGCAGGUGGAACUGGGUGGCCUGGGGAUGCAUAUUAACACGAAUGUAUUCAGCAUUGGUCCUCUGUCUCGCAACGGCUUCUACUUGGCCUUUCAGGACACCGGCGCCUGCAUGUCUCUUACUGCUGUGCGGGUUUUUUUCCGGAAGUGUCCCCGCGUUGUCCGGAACGGAGCUGUCUUCCCAGAAACUUUGUCAGGAGCAGAGAGAACUUCGUUGGUUGCAGCUAGAGGUACCUGCAUACCCAACGCAGAGGAAGUUGAUGUGCCAAUUAAACUUUACUGCAACAGAGAUGGCGAGUGGGUGGAUCCUAUCGGGCGCUGCAUGUGCAAAGCUGGACACGAGGCAGGCGAGAACGGCACUCUCUGCCAAGACAACUACAGUGACCUUCAGCAGUAGAUGGAGGAAUUCAUAAAAGAUGUGGAUAUCUAAGCAGUCAAGUGGAAGAAAAAGCCAAACAGCAGGAGGACAAAGGAUACAGGAGAGGAGGAUGAAAGAUGUACAAAACAGGUGAUAGCAUUGUGUAAGUACAGUCUACAGAGAAUUGUAUGCUAGCUCUCUGACAACAGGUUACUAUUACUGUAUUGUUUAUGUACAAUUUUUGCUUCAGAAACAAUUUACUGGUAUAUUUAUAUUCAGUCAGCACAAGUACUUUGUGUACAUACAAAGUUAUUAAAAUUUUAUUCCAACCUAAUCUGAUCCCAUUUAUUCCAACAAUUCAACCUAACAUCAUUUGUUAUUUAAAAUAUUCUAAUGUUUUCAUAAUUGUAAAAUAAAUAAUGCUUUUAAAUUAAAUGUAUAUAUUAUGUUAAUAUUUAUAUUUAAUAUUUGUUUAUAUAUUUAAUCUAAGGUCAAUAUUAAA